AAGGCCAUGGUGCCUAUGAAUGACUUUUGGGUCAAAGCAAUAUUAUCAUCGACGAAUCCGAGUCCAGUGCCGUCUACAACAUCUACCGUAUCCAAUGAUGAAAAUUUGGAUAAAACGUUGGACUUUGACUGUUCCACGCAAACAGUGUUCCCUACACUUCCAAUGUUCUGGAACCCAACGCUAGUUCAACAGAUGCUUGCGCUCUACCAGAUCCAGCAGCAGCAAAUUCAGUUCAGCGCGAAGCUGGCACCUCAACCGCUUUUCCAAGAACCGACCAUCCAAAAAGAGUUUCUCCCAUUCCCCCAUCAAUCUCGAAAACGUCCUCUACCGAUAGACCCGAAAAAGACAAAGCUUCGAAAACUGAAUGAAGACACUGUGACCAGUUCUCCAGUCAGCGGUAUGUUCAUAAAGGAGGAGGCGGAUGUGAAAUCUGUGGAGGAGCUCCAAAAAGAAGCUGAUUUGCUCGAUGAGACAGCAGCAUAUGUAGAGGUCACCGAGGAGUCAAGACAAAAGAUUGACGAGAUUCCAAAUGUCAUUGGAGACUGUAUCUGCCGGCUGUGCAAGGUGAAAUACGAGGACGUGUUCAAGCUGGCACAACACAAAUGUCCAAGAAUUGCUCACGAGGAAUACAAAUGUCCGGAUUGUGACAAGGUGUUCUCAUGUCCGGCCAAUUUGGCAUCACAUCGUCGUUGGCACAAACCCCGUAAUGAGCUCGGUGGCUCUCCACCCGCACAAUCCUCAACAAUUGUCUCCUGCUCCACCUGCUUCAACUCAUUUCCAACAAAGAAGAUGCUCAAGCUGCACUCGUCGACGUGUCAAAGAUCGCCUCUUCAGGAUUUGCUCUCAAGAGUUAUUCCAACAAUGUAAUCACACUUUUCGACUACCUAACUCUUUACAAUUUCCCCCGGUCAACCAACUAUCCACUGUAUAUCUCCCGAGUUGACCUCAUUUCUUUAUCCUUUUUUGGCUUUCCAAAUGAUCUCCCAUUUUAUAUACCUAAUAGUCUAUUUUUCUGAUCUUGUCACUGAUCUCCUUUUCCAAAUUGCUGAGUGAAUUCUAGUCAUGCCAUAAGAUUUUUUUUGCGUCAUUUCGCAGUAUUAUUUUGAAUAUCCGCAGUUCAAGCAUUUAUCAAGUACUUCACAUACAUUCCAGAGCGUCGCCUCACUGUAUUUUUUUUUGCUGAAAGUGAAUCUAGUCAAUUUUCACCUUUUCAUUUUUUCUUUGUUUGUUUUUGUGUGUUUUCUCCAUUUAAGUUUUCUGGCUUUUUUUAGUUAAUCAGAAAAUGUUCCUUCAACUUGUAUUCUAAUAUUUAUCCAAUUUUCCAUGUUAACCUCCCCCUCUCCAGCUGUACAAUGUGAUCUCUCUAGUCUUGGUGGUUUCUUUGCAAACUGUACCGUUACU